AUAAGCGUGCUAUUACAAUAAUGUGUAGAUAAAGUUAAGUUUUUUAAUGUAGAUAAACAAACAUUAGAUGCAUUUAGAUAUGAUUGAGAUAUUUAAGAUUUUCUGAAGUUUCUUUUCAAACAAAUUUUUAAAGGAAGAUAUUUUGGACUAGUUCCGUUUUCUUACUGUUUACGGGAUGAUGUAGUUUGCUGACUAUUGGAAUGGCGAAGAUAUUGCUGUGUGUUUCUACAUUCGUUUUCCUUCAAUUUCUUCCACAAAUAAAAGGACAGAAUUUAACAGAGGACAUGAAUAUGUCUACAUUAUUAACCAAAAUAUUUGAUGGCUAUGACAAGAAAUUAUCUCCAAAUUACAACAAAGCGGGUACUGACCGUGUUGUUGAGGUCACCAUAAAUAUAUACAUUAUAUCAAUGUUUUCCAUUAGCGAGAUAGACAUGGAUUUCUCGUUAAGUAUGUUUCUACGUGAGAGAUGGAAAGACGAACGGCUGGUCUAUGAUGAUGUUUUAAACCUCACCAGACUCGAACUUGACCCGUCUCUUUUCGAUUCUAUUUGGGUUCCAGACCUCUUCAUAAUAACAGAAAAGUUUUCAGAAUUUCAUGAAGUUACUGUGCCAAAUAAAAUGGUCCAUAUUUAUCCAGAUGGAACUGUACAGUACAGUGCCAGGGUAACCGGUUCUUUCUUUUGUGUCAUGAACCUCAGAAGGUACCCAUUCGAUACACAAAUUUGCAAAAUGGAGUUCGAAAGUUAUGGCCAGACAACUAAAAAUCUUCGUUUCAAAUGGAGUAACGAGCCCCUAACAAUGGGAAAAGGUAUAAAAUUUCCACAGUUUGACCUGGUAACCACGGAGACAUAUAACUGUGACAAGGAGUACUUUGGAAGUAUGUCUGAACUUGCAUUCCCUUGUGUUGGACUGAAGUUUGUGUUAGAGAGGAACUACGCAUACCACAUCAUCCAGAUCUACGUACCCAGCAUUCUUAUUGUCAUCCUUUCCUGGGUGAAUUUUUGGCUAGAUUGUACCUCUGUGCCAGGUCGUGUGUCGUUAGCUUUAUUGACAGUACUAACUAUGACUACACAGAGUUCCGGAGCUCGUUCAAAUCUUCCACGUGUUUCAUAUAUCAAGGCAAUAGAUGUUUGGAUGGCUGCAUGUCUUACUUUUGUCUUCCUUGGAUUGUUAGAGUUCGCAUAUGUGAACGUACAAAGUCGUGUUUUAAACCGCCGGAAGUCGGUCAUACAGUUCAUGAGGCAUCAAAAUGGCGGGAAAUCACCAUCGAUUCCCAGUAGCGAUGCCACAAAUGGAUCUAUUUAUAACGAGUGUUCCGACUCCGAGGGAAGCAAGUGUAGUCCUUGUUUUAAGACAUUGAAGGGGCUCGAACGGGGUCGUGCAAUAGAUAAGGUGUCACGAGUAGUGUUUCCGUGCACAUUUUUGAUAUUUAAUAUAUUUUAUUGGAUUUACUAUUUCAGUGGGACUUCUGAGGCAGAUAAUGAAUAGUUUAUGUUACUUAAUGCUCGAUUUCCCAACUGAACUCUUCUUUUGUCAUGAAAUAAUUUAAUGAAAAAAAUGUUUUUCUUUUUUUUUCUUUUUUUUCUUUUUUGUAAAAGAAAACGGAAACAAAUAUUAUGUGAAGUCAUGCGACUGUGUUAACGUUGUGCACGUAAGUGGGCCUCAGCCAAUAUGAAACAUGACGUCAUAACUAUCAAAUAUUCUCAUUAAUAAUAUUCAAGUUAUACUUUUUGCAGGCUUAUUUUGCCUUGUUAAUAAAAACGCACGCAAAUAAAACAUCAAAGAAAAAUAA